AUUUGGGAUCAUAGCUGUAGAACUGUCAUUAUUUGGGAUCAUAGCUAUAGAACUGUCAUUAUUUGGGAUCAUAGCUAUAGAACUGUCAUUAUUUGGGAUCAUAGCUAUAGAACUGUCAUUAUUUGGGAUCAUAGCUAUAGAACUGUCAUUAUUUGGGAUCAUAGCUAUAGAACUGUCAUUAUUUGGGAUCAUAGCUAUAGAACUGUCAUUAUUUGGGAUCAUAGCUAUAGAACUGCCAUUAUUUGGGAUCAUAGCUAUAGAACUGUCAUUAUUUGGGAUCAUAGCUAUAGAACUGUCAUUAUUUGGGAUCAUAGCUAUAGAACUGUUAUUAUUUGGGAUCAUAGCUAUAGAACUGUCAUUAUUUGGGAUCAUAGCUAUAGAACUGUCAUUAUUUGGGAUUAUAGCUAUAGAACUGUCAUUAUUUGGGAUCAUAGCUAUGGAACUGUCAUUAUUUGGGAUGUCGCAGCAAAUAAUGACAUAUGGAAUUGGUACGGUACAUUAACAUUGGCUUAUUGUAUUUGUUGGGCGGCUUUUCCGAUACCCUGCGCCCCUGUCCACCCAACAGUGAAUGGGUACCAGGUAUUAAUCGGGGGUUGUGUCCCGUCUCCUGGGGUCUGUUAAAUUCCCUUCUCCUAUAAUUCCUUCCCCUUCUGUCUCUCUCCGGCAUAUGACCACAGAUGUUGCGCAGACUAAACGAAACUUUCCAACUUUUUUCUCUCUGGCAUAUGACCACAGAUGUUGCGCAGACUAAACGAAACUUUCCAACUUUUUUCUCUCUGGCAUAUGACCACAGAUGUUGCGCCGACUAAACGAAACUUUCCAACUUUUUUCUCUCCGGCAUAUGACCACAGAUGUUGCGCAGACUAAACGAAACUUUCCAACUUAUUGUAUUUGUGGUUUGGGCAUUGAGAAUACUUACUACGUACUAUUAUCCAGCCCAGUAUAUUCUAGUCAUUUGUAUCUCAUCCAGUCUAGUUUUAUUUUAGUCAUAGUAUGCAUUCCAUUUAUCUAGUCUAGUCUUAUCUAGUCUUAGCACUUAUUCCAUUAUCUGUAAGUUGAGUUUAUACGUGUAAUGCCACAUCUGCCUCAAGUUUAGUGCCUCUGAAGGGUGGUGGCAGCAGGGAGGGAUCAGGGAUAUUCAAAAGUCCCCCAUAUUAACUUAUAACAAUUUCUCAUUUUUCCUGGCACAAUUUUGCACUAAGAAAACCUUCCCUAUAAAGAUAUCCUGGAGUCACCACUGUAUAAAGCACUAUAUAUGUAGGUAUAUUUUUUUAAUGGUUACAAUUGGUCCCAAGCCAAAACGAUGCAAUGCUAUAUCUGUCUAGCCUAGUGCCUUAGUUGUGAGAAUUCUUAUGUGUGAUGCCAUAUCUGUCUUACGUCAAGUGCCUGGCCAGAACGCUGCUAUGCCUUUCUCUGAUCCUCUGUAAUGCAUUGAAACUUCGUGAUACAAGGCUAGCAGCAAUAUUGUGAUGGUGUGUUACAUUAGGUUCAAAUACCCUUUCAUGCAUUUAGAUACUUUAUGGACUGACUGUAGUGCUGAGAUAUACCUUCAUGCUAUGCUAUUGUGUUGAUAUUGUUGUACCUCCUGAGUGAAGAAUAAGAGCAAUAUCGAAGCAUGGUUGGAGUCACUUCUACAUCCUUUCAUAUAUGUAUUUACUUUCUUGACCGACUGUAGCACCGGGAAAUCCUUUAUGCUGCACCUCCUGACAGAAGAGUAGCAACAAUGUUUGGUGUUUAGAAGUGGCUGUCAAUAUCUAGUGUGGUAGCAAGUGCCUCAGUAGCAUGGAGUGUGUCAGCUAUACAGUGGAGGCUGAGGUGCCGCCAGAGCUCGACACGGCCGCCACCUGCAAAGCCGCCUUCUUCAGGGUUUCCAGCGCCUUGGAACAGCUGGAGGGAGAAGAGGCCGUCAGGAAGCACACACUCUUCACCACACGCUGCGGGCACCUGGUGGAGGUGGUGGGCGGCUCGGUGCACCGCUCGACACCAGCACCAAAGGACGUCACCAAGAUUGUGGUGCAUCAAGACUAUGAGCCUCUGCAGCGGUAUGUGGUGUUGGUGUGCAGGUCGGAGAAGGCUGCGCUGAUGGCCUACACUGACUUGAAGGUCCUGCAGGAGUGGGAGGAGGUGAAGGACGUGGCCUCGGUAGACCCCCAGGCCACCGGCACCCCGCAGCUCAUCCUCACCAAGGGGAAUGGGAGGUCGAUGGUGGUGUCCAAUGCCAAACUGAUGAGCUACACCCGAAGUGAUGUCCAACAGGAGGAUAGAGAUGGAGAGGAGGAGGAGGAGGAGGAGGAUGCAGGGGGGAAGAAAGAUGCUGUCCAGGCCCUCAUGCACAGGUUCAAGGGGGGACUCAAGCACGCAGACCAGCUCAGGAACGAGAGGAAGACCAAGGAGAAUUUCAUCACCCAGGAACUCGGAGCGCUACAGUCCUGGCUGAAGGGACAGGCGGACUCCAGGCAAGAGAGCCUAGUAGCAGCUGUGGCCAUUGGGGAGGUGCAGGGGAGUGCGCCCAAACCCACACUGGGGCCACUCAAGGUCCUGCGUGUCUUCCACAAUGUGAUGCACGACAAGUGGGUCAUCAUGAUCAACGUGCAGAAUGAGGCCCAGCGGCUGUUGGUGAGUGAGCUUGAGCUUCUGCUGUGCUGUGAGGACGAGCCGCUGCAGCACACGAGCCAGGUCCUCAAGUCGGUGAAACACAGUUCGCCGCGUCAGCCCGGGGAGGACAGGGUGACCAUUGACCACCUUCACCCCCUGCUGCUCCGACCCAGGAAGAGGGCGACUGUCGUAGGCGUGUGCAAUAUCCCGUCAUUCAAGAGCGGGCCGUCGGUAUCCUGCUCAGGGUUGCUCUCCUACACCAUCAGGCCACACAUGCCAGGCUCCAGUCAGACGGUGAGCAACGGCGACAGUACCCAGGCCCAGACGUACCAGGUGCCCAUCCCGCCUGUGACUCUUGAAGCCCAUGAGCUGUACCAACAUACGUCUUCCUGGGAGCACUGUGCCUCUGCUAAGACAAUGGGCGUGUCAUUCAGCACUGUGGCUUUGGUUGCUGCCAGUGUCCGGAGCCACGUGUCCCUCCGGUCCCUCCUGUCCCCCAUCAACGGCUUUCUGGCCAAGGUAUCGCAGCACCACCAGCUCAUCAAGGUGCCCGGCGUGAGUGACCUGUACGUCCUGCACCCCCGAGAGAGCCACCCCCUUCAGCACAGUGCCUUCAUCCUGUACCCUGUUGAUGCGCACACCCUCAGCCUUGACCUCCUCGCCAAGAACGAGAAACAGACGAUGGUACUGGCCCACUCCCUUCUGGCCGCCCUCCCAAAGGACACCAGCCUAUCAUUCCUGCCUUCACCUCACUCCGAAACCCCUGACACCCAGCCACACACCCUUCAACACAUGCUUCUGGCCAAAAUAAAAGAGACAUCGACCCUUAUUGUGGACGGCUUGGAGGCUCAGCUAACCAAUAAAUCCUCAAAGAUACAGAGGAAGGAAGGAUGGAGAGGGACAGAGGAUAGCGCAGCGAGGUAUUCAAGGGAGAGGGAGGAGAUGCUAGCGAGGAAGGGGGACAUUGUUUUUAAGGGAGAGGAGUACAGGGCUUGGAGGAAAGGUCUGCAGAGUGCUAUGUUAGAAGUGGAUGGUUUGUAUUUGAAGUAUCUGAAGGUGAACUGUGGUUAGUGGAGCUUGGUGGAAUGUGUUAUGGCAGGGAGAGGAUGAAGGAAGGAAGGAGAGUAAAAAGGAAGGAAGGGAUGGAAAAGGAGGAAAGGAAGGAUAGGAAAGGGUUUAUAUAAUGGCUGGAGUUUGUCUGUGUAAGGAAAAGAUGAAGGAAGGAAGGAGAGGAAAGGAAAA